AUGAACAACUUGCCGACCCUCGUUAUCCACCCCAUCCGAGAUUACGAUCCACCACUCUCUCCCUCCGACAGCGCUGCCCCUGAUUUUUUCACUUUAAUCAUUGCAACCAAGCAGCUUGGGAUGGCACAGCGAAAGUUCGCGCAGAACCUGGGAGAGUUUCAGUUUGAAUAUAUUGGCGAUGCAAAGACGGAUGAUGAGAAGUGUAUCGAUGAAUCUUUGCAAGAGUUCUCCUCAUUCCUCAAGAACCUCGAAGACCAAAGAGAGCUGAUGAUGAGAAACAUCACAGAAACCUUAAUGAAACCCCUGGAGAAGUUCAGGAAAGACCAUCUUGGUGUAGUAAGGGCGGAAAGAAAGAGGUAUGAGAAAGAAACGGAGAAGUACUACAGCUCUCUGGAAAAGCUUCUGAAUAUGUCGGCAAAGAAGAAAGAGCCCCAGCUACAAGAGGCAGACCUCCAGGUGGAAAACGUGAGGCUGCACUUUCAGGAGGAGUCACUGGAAUAUGUGUGCAAACUGCAGGAGAUCCAGGAGAGGAAGAAGUUUGAGUGUGUGGAGCCGAUGCUGGCCUUCUUUCAGACAGUCUUCACCUUCUAUCAUCAGGGCUUCGAGCUCGCCAAGGACUUUGACCAUUAUAAAAGAGCUCUGCAGAUCAAUAUUCAGAAUACGAGGAGUCGAUUUGAGGGCGCGCGGUCAGAGGUGUACGAGCUGAUGAAGAGGAUAAAGGACGCACCUCAGGAUUACAGGCAGACCAGCGCUAUCAGCUUCGAAGGCUACCUCUAUGUUCAGGAAAAACGACCACCUCCCUUUGGCUCAAGUUGGGUGAAGCGUUACUCCACGUUUGUCAAAAAGCAGAAGAUCCUGCACAUGGUGACCUUUGACCACAGAUCUGGUGGCAAGAUUGGUGAGACUGAGUCCGUCACGCUUAAAUCCUGUCUCCGCAAAACGACAGACGUGUUGGACAGGAGGUUCUGCUUAGAACUCGACAUAACAGACCGGCCCGGCACUGUGCUAACAGUACAGGCUCUGUCAGAGGAUGACCACAAGUUUUGGAUGGAGGCCAUGGGUGGCAAGGAACCUUUUGGACACUAUCUUGGGAGGACUUAUUCCAAAGAAAGAGGAAUUGAUGCCCAGCUGGACGAAGUGGGUUUGAGUUUUAUGAAGAACUCUAUCAGCGCCAUAGAGACGAGAGGUAUUAAUGACCAAGGCCUGUACAGAGUUGUUGGGGUGUCCUCCAAGGUCCAGAAGCUCCUCUCAUUAAUGAUUGAUGAGACGAACAUUGACAUGGAUCUGUCCACCGGCGAGGACUGGGACGUGAAGACGAUAACCAGUACACUGAAGCUUUAUCUGAGGGUGGCGGCUCACAGUAAACAGAACCUGAUGACUGUGGCUAACCUGGGCGUGGUGUUUGGCCCGACAUUAAUGAGGCCUCAGGAGGACACCGUGGCUGCCAUCAUGGAUCUGAAGUUCCAGAACAUUGUUGUGGAGAUCCUCAUUGAACACGAUGAAAAGAUCUUUACAGAUGCUCCGGAGUCGUGUCCUCUCUCACCUGCUGCCCCAGAACUCUCUGCUCCCACGAGGCAGUCCAAGAAGCUGAGUCGACAAAGUCGGCCCCUGGCUGUCUACAAUCCACAAGCUCUAGAUAUUCAGACUGUGUCAGUAGUGGAAGAUGGACCCACCCUAGCUACAGAUGAGACCUCCAUGGGCAGCAACGAGUCUGUGUCGUCUCAGUCGUCGUCAGCCUCGGCCUCGGAGAUCUCCACAGAGAAGAACGACCACAUCCCGCUUCUUAGCAGCCUCAGCUCAGGCAGCAACUCCAGGGAACCCACAGCAGGAUCUUCGCUGUCCGCAGCCCCAGAGAGCCAACCUGCCUCCACCACAGCUGAGAAAGAAAAGCCAGAAGAGAGUGUCACCAGCAGGAAAGCCAAGGCAGUGUUCCCAUGUGAGGCUGAGCACGACUCUGAGCUCUCCUUCCAGGUCGGCGCAAUAUUCAACGCCGUGUUCAAGUCGCGGGAGCCGGGCUGGCUGGAGGGCGAGCUGGAGGGAAAGAGGGGCCUCAUCCCUGAAAACUACGUGGAGUUCAUGUAGCGGCAAUCACAAAUAUUUAUGGACAAAUUAUUAUCACCUCCCCCGGGAAAGAUAUGCUGAGAUACAGGUGCUUCAACUCUGACAUUCACCAUAGAGCCUUCUUUAUCCAAUUCCCUGAAUUAUCUCAAGUAAGUGAUGUUAUUACAGGUGGACCAUUCUUCAUAGUUUCUCUGUUUGAAUUUACUUUGGUCGAGUAUCCGCAUGGAUUUCAGCAUUGCACUUACGAUAUCCUGCCUUAUACAAAGAUGCUGUAGCCUCUCAAAAUCCAGGUCGCUUUGUAGCAGCAGGGAAAGAGCGUCUCUCCGUCAAAGGCCUCGCUCGCGACCCGAGUUAUACAUGGUAUCCAUGAGCUCCCAAGUCAAAGAACGAUCCAGAAACCGUAAGGAAGAAUGUCGGCACUUACUGUAACCUGUUUUUGUAAAGGCAAUUUUUGCAGCUUUAGAAACUCUCGACAAUGAUGCUACGUUUUGUUUUCAGCUUUUAAGAGAUUAGAGAUACUGUUCCUGCCGUGCCUUACCGUCAGAACACCCAGUGUAAAUGUGUCCCGGUGUGUAUGAGCAUUUUAUUGGAGUGUUACUGCUUUCACUUUGAAAUUGUUGUGUUUUCUGUCUUCUUAAGAUGUUCAAAAUGAGGCACAUUGCUACAGUAAUUGUAUUUAAUUUAAUUGGCACAUUGAUUGCAUGACUUUUGAAUUCAUAAACACACUCUACUGUUUUGUUCUUGGCGCACUCCCUUACAGAAACACAGUGAUACGCCUCUGAUGACUGAAAAGCCUCGUGUUUUAACACUAGGGACAUUUAAGUUGGCAGUCAUGAUUGAUACCAAGUGUUCUGUAUCUGUUUAGUUUAUUUUUAAAGGUUAUUUUAACGUUGCUCAGUUUCCUUUUGAGCAGAUAAAUGAGACACUCCCACAAAGUUAGCAUUUUGGUUUAACUAUUUUAUCUUCAAUGUCAGUGAUACAAAUCAACAUUUUAUUAACAGCUAGACCAAAGAAUGCAGUAUUUUACAUCCGUUCAGUGUACAUAGCCUAAGUAUAAAAAUAUAUAUGACUGCCAAGUAUGUUUUACAAGCGUCUGUUAGGUGUUUGUUUUUCUUAUGGAUUGGUUUUAGCAUGAACACGUCUGAUUACAAUUCAUCCCUCAGCUGUUAAACAAGACACUUACAUUUAACAUUAGAGCUUUGGUUCAAGUGCUAUAAUUUAAAACAUUGAUUUAUGACGUUUGUAAAAGGCCUUGACUUCUUUCAUUGUUAUACCUUUGGGUAUCCUGUUGAUCAAUGUUAAACAAAUAAAGAUUGUUUUUGUUCUUUA